AAGAAAAAGGACACCAUGGUAAAUUCGUUCACUCCAUUUGCUUUUUCCACCCUCACGUUUCUUGCAAGAGGAAAAGUCAAAAAAUGCUAGCCCCAAUACCACGAAAUUCACAACUAAUGCGUUACAUUUAAGAAAGUUUGGGACUUUAUUAUGAAUAACACAUGGAUUUCAAAACCCUCUCGCAAAGCACAACCCAUAUUCAGAUCCAUAUAAACUCUAGAGGGUUCAACUUCAAGAACCAAAUAAUGAUGAAGAGUGCAAGGCUGAAUGGGCGACAUCGUUUCAUAAUUUCUUCUUUCUUCUUCAUCAUGUUCCUUUGUGUCUUAGCUUCUAUCAAUGAAGUCCGAUUUGAUAGCUUCUUAAAGUUUGGUCAGUGUGCUCUAGCCAACGUGCCCUCACACAAUUCAUCGUUAGAAAACAAUAUUGUAGCUUCAAAUUCUUCUUCUUCUUCCUCGGAUGAAAUUCGAAUACUCAUCGGCAUUCUAACACUUCCGGAUCAAUACCAACGCCGCCACUUCCUCCGACUCAUCUAUGGAACACAGUCUCCAUUGGGUGCCAAAGUUGACGUGAAGUUUGUCUUUUGCAACCUAACAAAGGAAGACCAAAAGGUACUCGUUGCACUAGAGAUAAUGCGUUAUGAUGAUAUCAUAAUCCUCAACUGCAAAGAGAACAUGAACAAGGGUAAGACUUACACAUACUUUUCAAGCUUGCCAGAAAUGCUAAAUGAUACAAAUAGUCCUUACCCUCCAUACCAUUAUGUCAUGAAAACCGAUGAUGAUACUUACUUUAGGUUAAAUAGCUUGGUAGAGUCUUUGAGGCCAUUGCCUAGAGAAGAUUUGUACUAUGGUUAUGUUAUUCCUUGUCGUAGCAUGGACCCUUUUGUGCAUUACAUGUCUGGAAUGGGUUAUAUGAUUUCUUGGGAUAUAGUGGAGUGGAUUAGGGAUUCUGAUAUUCCAAAGAAUCACCUGGAAGGGCCUGAAGAUAAGGUUUUUGGCGAUUGGAUUCGAGAAGGGCAUCGUGCUAAGAAUAGGUACAAUGCUAAGUGGUCUAUGUACAAUUUUCCCGAGCCACCCACGACAUGUACACAUGAGCUUUGGCCAAACACGAUUGGUGUUCAUUUGUUGAAGACGCAAGAGAAGUGGAUUCGGACAUUGAAGUAUUUCAAUGUCACAGAUAAUUUGAAACCAUCUAAAUUGUAUCAUAUACCUUAAUUAGGUAAUACCUCACAAUUUUUAUUUUUAUUUGUUAAUUAUUUUCUUUGGACAAUUUAAUUGAUACAAUCUGAUUUUGGGAUUUAUAGUUUCUGUUUUACCCUUUAGAUUUUAGCGAUUAAGGGUUCCAAAUUUGAACAUUUGAAGAUACAUCUUGAGGUUGUUAUAAAAAAAAAAGAUACAUCUUGAGGUCUUGUAAUAAGAAACCAUAUGAUUCUAUUGAGAUUUUGCUUAUUCCAAUGCUGGGGAUUAAGAUGUGUAA